AUGCCGGGGCAUAAGCCCAAAGCAGCAUUCAGUGCCAGGCGGGACGGGAGAAUACCGAGAGCGACCAACUUUGUCCAUAAGGCGAUCUGCGGGCUUUGCUUUGGUAUGCACGAUCCCCAGCGGUUCCAGGUUCCCGAAUCUCAGAUUUCAGGAUCUGCUAGGCUAUCAGAUGUGAACACUGAACAGGACAGGACAGUCACUCCUGACCCCAUAAGUGUCUCUGUUUGA